UGUCCAAAGAAAAUGCAGCAGGGCGUUCCAUUUCCAAAUCCACCAGCCAAUGAGCUGUCAGGGGCGGGACGGGUUUGUUGUGAAUGGAAGUUGCUGUUUUUUUACUUGGUGGCGGUGAGUCGUCGGUUCUCGAGCGGGUGCUUUGUGUUUGUAAACAAAACGUUCUCAAGUCUAAUGUUUAAAAACAGAAUGCAGUUAUAACGAAAACGUGAAUAUUCAUUCUGCUUCUUCGGACUAACGACUGGAUUGAUUUUUUUUUCUUCAGCAGGUGGAUGUGGUAUAGUGAAUCAAAAAAAGUGUUGCAAGGAGUUGUUAGACAUAGUUCUGUAGGUAAAAGAUCGUUUCUUGUUUUGCGCCACGAUUUCUAUAUUUCGAUGUGUGGUAAUUAUUUGCUUUUGGCCCAUUUUAAACAUUUACAUUAUACAAAUGUGUAGUUCUGUUUAAGAACUGAUGUGGCACAGUGCGGGAAGGACUACUAGCGCAGCCCACAUGAACAGCAGGUUCAUUUAUUCACGCUGUUUCUGUUCUAGUACUAGUCGUAUAUAGUACUGCUACAGUCUGUAUGUGACUGCAUUUCAUAUUUUAUAUCUUAUUGUACAGGCCAUUUAACCAACUCGGGCAACUCCUGUGAUUAUUUACUUACUGGUGGACAAAUCUGUGGAUUUAAAUAUAUUGAAAUGAGGAACUCGAAAAUGUGAACUGGAUUUAAGGAAGGAUAUUUUUCUUUAGAUUUUUUUUUUAAUCUGCUUUGUUAUUUUAUUUAUAUUGGUCUGGCGACAGAUUCACAACGGGACGACUAUUAAAUUAGCUACACGGAUUACCGGGUUCUGAAAUAAACAACCUGGAUUUUAAUAAUCUACGGAUUAUACAAUCAAUUUGGCUUCGGAGUUAAAACAGAAAACCUGCAGUCGUGCAGACUGAAAGUUCUCAAUCUGUGACGGGAAAGUCAUUGGCACGCUGUGACUUCCGUGGUGAUAAACAAGAGAUUUGAACUGGACUGAGUCAAAACAGCUGAUAAUGAAGGAUGCUGUUUAGGUACAGUAUGUUUUGUUAGUGGUUAACAAUACUGUUUGCAGCUCCAAAUGCACUGGUAGAAUAUCAGCUUUGAAGAAUAGACAUAACAACUGAUACUGGAUCUGCACGUUUAAAGCGGAAACAUAAAGUAAAAUCAAUUUAAACAAACCCAUUGUACUGACAAAUGCACCAACGAGCUAUUUAGCAAUAGGAUAAUUACAAAAAAAAAAUGAUAUUUCACAGUGAAGAAGUAACUCAAACCAGCACCUCUAUAGUGAAUGAACGGCAGGACGCCCAGAUCCACGGUGAACCGCCCUGCAAUCUGUCGCUUUCACCUGCUGCCACAGAUAAACAGGGUCUGUUUAUGAGCGCGCAAGAUGACCUGUGUCUAAUGAAUCAAGACCCGAGUGGUUUAACUGAAAUGGACAAGCGCUCGGGUAGAAGUGACUAUGAACUGUGUGUGGACUUUGACAGCCCGAGGGACCCUGGCAGUAAGAUGUUCUACAGCGAGAAAACACCCGUCACGGAGUGUGGGGAUCGCCACUACCUAUACAAACUAAAUAGUCGGUCUGCAGAAAGGCGGCAUAGUGAAGCGUGGAGGGUUCAAAAAAAGGGACUGAAGAAGGCAGACUGUUUCUUAAGCCGCCAGAUGACCACGAGCGCCACUGGAGCAGGUUCACGGGACAGAGGGACUGCUCGCAUUAGUGGAAACCUUAAUGUUGUAAACGGGAGUACCUAUAGAUGUCAAACCAAAGCAGGAGACGGGGACAUGGAUUGCAAUGCAUCUUACUGUUACCAAAGAAGUGGGGAAAUAAUAACACGUCGUUUGAAUCUCACCAGUAAGGAAAUAACCGGCGAACAGUCUGCUGGUAAAAAUAUUGCUAAAGAGAUUACAGGUGGCAAACCGGCACGCCGCAGAUCUUCCGUUUGGAAUCAAAGGAGAAGGUUUACAUUAAGUGUAUGGAGUUGGUGGGCGGUCCUGCUUUUCCAUACCCACGUGUUGAAAGCGAUGGCACAAGGUGAUGUCGCCCCAUAUUUCAAGACAGAGCCGGGGCUGCCUCAAAUUCAUCUCGAAGGGAACCGUUUGGUUAUGACCUGUCUGGCUGAGGGCAGUUGGCCCCUAGAGUUCAAGUGGAUUUUAAAUGAUACAGAGAUCACAGCCUUCUCCCCUGAAUACAAGUACAUUAUUCCAUUUCUACAGCGCUCGAAUGCUGGGUUUUACCAGUGUGUGGUGAGGAACAGGAUGGGUGCACUGAUGCAGAAGAAGGCAGAAGUACAAGUAGCAUAUAUGGGUAACUUUGUGGAGGGAGACCAAAAAAAGACUGUGUCUCAAGGCAAGGCGGCAGUACUGAACUCCCCAGUGGUCAGCAGCUACCCCCGUCCUGAGGUGACAUGGUUCAGGGACGGGUAUAAGAUAAUCCCCAGCGGCAGGAUAGCAAUAACCCUGGACAAUCAGCUGGUGGUUCUGUCAACGGCCGCUGCAGAUGCAGGACGGUACUACGUGCAGGCCGUUAAUGAAAGGAAUGGGGAAAAUAAGACAAGUCCAUCCAUUUACCUGAGCAUAGCAAAUUCAGCCGCUCCGGCAGACCCCGUGGCUCCUGUGAUUGUAAUCUCUCCGAGAAACACCAGUGUGGUGGCUGGCACCAACGAGGCCUCCCUGGAGUGUGUGGCAAACGCAAGACCUGUUGAGAAGCUAAGCAUUUCCUGGAAACGAAACGGAGUCAGAUUAACAAGCGGAGUCGGCAUGUUUGGGAGACGGCUGGCUAUCAUCAACCCCACCUCGGCUGAUAUCGGGCUGUACGUGUGUCAGGCAGCUCUCCUGGACAGCAGUGUGCCACCAGUGGAGGCCAGGGCUUUCCUCUCCGUCACAGAGUCGCCAUAUUUUACAGCAGAACCCAAGAGAAAAAUAAUGGGGGAAGUGGACAAAACUAUAGACAUCCAAUGUCGGGCUUUAGGUGUUCCUGUCCCCAGUCUGGAGUGGUAUAAAGACUCGACUCCGCUCAGUAAGCUGGCUAACCCUCGUUAUAAGGUAAUGGUGAACGGAGGGCUACGGAUUAGAGGAGUGCGUCCCGAAGAUGCUGGCAUUUUCCAGUGCUUCGCCAGGAAUACAGCGGGAGAAAUCCAAACACACACCUACCUUGAUGUUACAAGCAUGGCACCUACAUUUAUUCAGCUGCCGUCAGACAUCACAGUGACAGAUGGAACAGUGGCUGUCUUUACCUGCGAGGUGUCAGGAGCUCCAAAACCUGCCAUUGCCUGGAAGAAAAGCAAUCAGAUCCUGGCAAGCGGUUCAGUCCAGAUUCCUCGAUUCACUCUUCUGGAGACGGGAGGGCUGCAGGUGCGGCCAGUUUACCUGCAAGACGCGGGGAAUUACACCUGCUACGCCAGCAACUCAGAGGGAGCCGUCAACGCUACCGUCUCGCUGACUGUGUGGAACCGUACUUUUAUAUCCCAACCACCUGAGGGCCGACGUGUAAUCAAGGGAACGAUGGCUGUGCUGGAGUGUGGAGCCACGUACGACCCCAGAGUCUCUGUCAGGUUUGUCUGGAAGAAGGAUGGUAUCCCACUCAACAACGCCAGGAGUUCUCGGCUCAGCAUCAAGGAUGGCUCUCUUCAGAUCAGCCAGACCUGGUCAGGUGACAUCGGAGACUACACCUGUGAAGUCCUUUCUCAAGGGGGGAAUGACUCUAAAGGUGCCCGACUAGAAGUUAUUGAACUCCCACACUCCCCUCGGAACCUUCAGGCGAGCUUGAACGCCUCUGAUAGUCGCACCGUGGGCCUCUCCUGGGUGCCUCCCUUUGAUGGAAACAGCCCCCUCCUCUACUAUGUGGUUGAGCUGUCUGAAAACAACUCCCCGUGGAAGGUGAAUUUGCCCAAAGUGCAGGCUGAUACCUCAGGGGCAGUUGUGACAGGUUUAACCCCAGCCCGUACCUACCAGUUCCGGGUCUGUGCUGUCAACCAGGUGGGAAAGGGGCAGUACAGCACAGAGACCAAUAGGCUGAUGCUGCCGGAAGAACCUCCAAGUGCCCCACCAAAGAACAUUGUUGCGAGUGGGCGUACCAACCAGUCCAUAAUGGUCCAGUGGCAGCCUCCUCCAGAACCAGAACUCAAUGGGGUACUCAGAGGAUACGUGCUUAGGUAUCGGCUUGCUGGCCUUCCCGGUGAGUACCAGCUGAAGAAUAUCACCAGCCCUGAGAUUAACUACUGCCUGGUGAGGGACCUCAUUAUCUGGACGCAGUAUGAAAUCCAGGUGGCUGCUUACACUGGAGCCGGGCUAGGAGUGUUCAGCCUACCUGUGACAGAAUACACACUUCAGGGAGUGCCAACAGCUCCACCGCAAAACGUCGAGACCAAGGCCCUGACCUCCACCACAGUCGAGUUCUCCUGGAAUCCUCCUCCCCAGCAAUUCAUUAACGGUAUCAAUCAAGGUUACAAACUCCUAGCUUGGCCAGAAGAUUCACCUGACACUGUUACAAUAGUAACCAUCACCCCAGAUUUCCACGGAACCCGCAUUCUUGGAUACAUCACCGGGCUGAAGAAGUUUACCUGGUAUCUCACUUCUGUACUAUGCUUUACUACCCCAGGAGAUGGGCCAAGCAGUUCACAGCAGUUAGUACAGACAUUCGAGGACAAGCCUGGAGCAGUAGGGCACCUGAGCUUCACUGAAAUACUGGACAUGUCGCUGAGAGUCAGCUGGCAGGAGCCACAGGAGAAGAAUGGGAUUAUUACAGGCUAUCAUGUCACGUGGGAGGUGUAUGGUAGGAAUGCUACCCGAGUGACCCGCACUCUGCCCAACAGCACUCUGGAGUACAAGGUCACAGGGCUCACCUCCCUCACCACCUACACCAUUGAGGUGGCAGCGAUGACAGCCGCUGGGAUGGGCAUGGUCACCUCCUCAGCCAUCUCCUCUGGAGUCCCUCCAGAACUCCCUGGUGCUCCGUCCAACCUCGUUAUCUCCAACAUCAGCCCUCGCUCCGCAACCUUGAAGUUUCGCGCAGGCGAUGACGGGAAAACCUCCAUCUCAAAAUGGAUCGUUGAGGGACAGGUUGGGGGGAUCGGCGAUGAUGAAGAGUGGCGCAUUCUGUACGAGAAGGUGAAUGACCCAGACCCCCAGGUGCUGGAGAUACCAGACCUCACCCCCUUCACUCACUACAGGUUCCGGAUGAGGCAGGUGAACAUUGUGGGCUCCAGUCCGGCGAGCCAGCCCUCCCGUGUGAUUCAGACCCUGCAGGCCCCUCCUGACGUCAGCCCCAGCAGCGUCACGGUCCGCACGGCCAGUGAGACCAGCCUCUGGCUACGAUGGGUGCCUCUGCCCGAUUCGGAAUACAACGGGAACCCAGAGACGGUGGGCUACAGGAUCAGUGUGUGGCGUGCGGACCUGCAGGGCGAGCCCAGGACCCAGGUGGUGAGCGAGCGCCUGGAGAGGGAGAUCACCCUGGAGGGGCUGAAGGAGUGGAGCGAGUACCUCCUGCGCAUCCAGGCCUUCAAUUCCGUCGGGCCCGGGCCCUGGAGUGAGGUGGUACGGGGCCGCACCAGGGAGUCAGUUCCAUCUGGUGCUCCACAAAACGUGACGACGGAGGCAGUGAGCUCCACGAGCAUCUUAGUCACUUGGGUUCCUGUUCCUGAGCACGAACAGAACGGAUACAUCCUUGGAUACAAGGUGCUGUACAAAGAGAAGGAUUCGGGAUCCGACCCCCAAACCCACGUAGUGAAAGGGAACGUCACACAGUCCGUCCUGCUCAGAAACCUGCGCAAGUAUGUCCUGUACGAGAUCCAGGUGCUGGCUUUCACCCGCAUUGGCGACGGCGUUCCCAGCUCCCCGCCUGUCCUCGAGAGAUCCAAGGAUGAUGUUCCAGGUCCCCCGGUGCGAUUGGUCUUUCCUGAGGUCAGGCUGACUUCAGUGAGAGUGGUAUGGCAGCCCCCAAUGGACCCCAAUGGAAUCAUCAUGGGAUACCAGAUCUCAUACAGGCUGGCUGCCGGCGACCCAAAUGAAUUCACCACGGUGGAGGUGGGCUCCAAUGUCAGGCUGCUGACAGUGACCAGCCUCAAUUCAGAGUCCGCCUACGUGUUCCGCAUCUCUGCCAAAACGCAGCAGGGCUGGGGUGCUCCGGAGCAAGCUGCAGUCAUCACGACAGAAAGAAGAGAUCGGCCAGAGCCCCCGAAGGAUCUGUCCAUCACUCAUUCGGAGGUGUGGUCUCGGGGGCUGCUGCUUCGCUGGGUUCCUGGGGGAGAUGGGUCCUCCCCGGUACGCUACUUUACAGUGCUGACCAAGGAGCUGCCUGACGGAGAAUGGCAGACUCACUCCUCCACCAUUAGUCACAACAGCACCUCCUGGCACAUCGACCGGCUUAAACCCUUCACUUCAUACAAGCUGAGAAUGAUGGCAACUAAUGAUAUUGGAGACAGUGAAUACAGUGCGGAGACAGACACAAUUACUACUUUACAAGAUGUUCCCGACGAGCCACCUGUUAUAUUGGCUGUGACUCCUCACACCACAUCCUCUAUCCUUGUUCAGUGGCAGCGGCCAAAGGAGGAGAGCUUGAAUGGGGUGCUGGUGGGAUACCGCAUCUACUACAGAGAGCUGCCGUAUGAAAGUGGACAACCCAAGUCCAAGACAGUCGCAAACCCUUCAGCACUGCAGGUGGACCGGACUGCCAAAAGCACCUUCAAGACAGUGAACAGUGCUUUGUUAACAGCAUUCGAACUAACACAACUCAACAAGUACAAGCGAUACGAGAUUGUGAUGACGGCCUACAACAUUAUCGGGGAGAGCCCAAUGAGUGCUCCACUGGAGGUUUUUGUUGGAGAAGCAGCUCCAUCGAUGGCCCCCCAGAAUAUUAAGGUGACCCCCCUAACCGCAAGUCAGCUGGAGAUUCAAUGGGACCCCCCACCAGUGGAGACUCAGAAUGGAAACAUCCAGGGGUACAAGAUUUAUUACUGGGAGACGGGCAAUCACAAUGAGACGGAGAAACUGAAGAUUUUGUUCCUCCCUGAAGCCACAGUGAGGCUCAAAAACCUGACCAGCUACACCUCGUACUCAGUGAAGAUUUCUGCAUUCAACGCAGCAGGGGAUGGGCCGCAGAGCGAGUCCAGAUGGGGCAGGACUCACCAGGCUGCUCCAAGUGCCCCCAGUUACAUCACAUUCUCUGAGGUCACCACCACUACUCUGAACGUGUCCUGGGGGUUUCCUGUCUGGCCUAAUGGGGUCCUGGAAGGAUACCGUGUUGUCUAUGAGCCCUUGGCACCAAUACAUGGAGUAAGUAAGGUGGUGACGGUGGAGAUCAAAGGAAACUGGCAGCGCUGGCUGAAGGUCCGUGACCUCACAAAGGGGGUGAUCUACUCCUUCAGAGUGCAGGCCAAGACUAUCGCCUAUGGACCAGAACUGGAAGCUAACAUCACAGCCGGACCUUCUGGUGGAUCUCCUGGGUCCCCCCUGGAGCCCUCAGUCACCAAGUCUGCCUCUGCACUCACACUCCACUGGUCCGCAGGAGACUCAGGUACAGAGCCAGUCACAGGAUACGUCAUUGAGGCCCGACCCUCCGAUGAAGGCUUAUGGGACACAUUUGUGAAGCACUUGUCCCCCAGCACUAGAUCUCACACAGUCAGCCUGGAUCGUCUCAGGCAGGGCGUGAGCUAUGAAUUCAGAGUGAUUGCAGUCAAUAAGUUUGGCUAUGGUGAGCCGAGUCUGCCCUCUGCUGUCUUAUCAGCCCAGUCUGAAAAUCCCUUCUAUGAAGAAUGGUGGUUCCUGCUAGUGAUGGCACUUUGUGGUCUCAUCCUCAUACUGUUCAUAGUGUUUGGUUUAGUACUGCACGGGCAGAGCAAGAAGUACAAGAGCUGUAACUCAGGCAAGAAUAUUUCCACAGUGGAGGAGUCGGUCACACUGGAUAACGGUGGCUUCACUUCCCUGGAGCUCAACAGCAGGCACCUGAACGUUAAGAGCUCCUUUCUAAAGAAGAAUGGGACCAGGUCCCCCCCUAGACCAAGCCCUGGCGGACUGCACUACUCUGACGAGGAUAUCUGUAACAAUUACAAUGGAGCAGUGCUGACAGAGAGCACCACACUCACUGAGAAGCCUACUGAGACGUCGGAAUCAGAGACCACAGACAGCGAUUAUGAGGACGAGCAGCCCAAGCACUCCUUUGUGAACCACUACAUGAGCGACCCCACUUACUACAACUCCUGGAAACGGCAGCAAAAGGGAAUGAAGCAGUCUUCAGCGUACGCAUAUGAGGAGUGCGCGAGCGGAGACACGGAGACCUACUUCCAGAGCGUGGUCACGACUCACAGCUCGGGGGGAGUUUACACCCCAGCUGGGCAGCCCGCCUCAGGGUCUCGGACUCCCGUCACCGGCUUCUCCUCCUUUGUUUGAUGUGUGGAGCACAGUCACUUAGGAAGGGACCUUCUUGAAAACCAACAUCACGUUUCAACAGACUACUUUUGACAGUCAACUCCAUGGGGGUGGGGACAGGGGGAGACAGUUCAAGUGAACUGUAGGUAAUUUCUUAUUUUUUUCCCCCAUUUCUCACACAAAAUACUUUGAUUAACUCCACAGAGUUUUUUGUGUUUUUUUGUGUAAGAAAUGGUAACUCUUUUGAAAUUCCCAAUACUAGUAUCGGUGCCAAUUAAUUUGAAAAUAAUGCUCUGAUCUACCCUCUGUAAAUGUGUUCAUUUCUAAGAAGAGAUGAUAGUCCAAUGGUUUCAGUUUAACAAGUAGAAAAACUAUGAGGCAAAUACAUUUAAGGACUACAUUUGCAUUUUCUAAUGUUUUAUGUGUCUAUCUUAACUCUGAAGAGUGAAUCUAAGUUUCAAAUAAGCGGUACAAAGGCAGCUACAGAGGCUGUGUUCCUGUUAAUUCUCUUCUCUGAAAACAAGACAAGCACAUGAAAAGAAGCUGCUUUCAAAUGGGAACAGACUUUUUUUUCCAUGGCUUUUAUUUUAAAACAGGGGAGUAUGAAUAAGAGUCUGGCUCGAUAAAGUCAUUUAAAUGUUAAAAGACUGCUGUUAAAAUCAAACUAAUUCAACACUCCUUAAUAAUUAGAGAAGUUCAGAUCAGAUUACCCACAAUAGUCUUAAAAAAAAUUGAAAAAUAAAAACAACGCAGUCCUAAGAAAUUAUACUUUGUGGAUGCAAGGAAGGCCUAAAGUUUGCGAGAAAAAAAGAUGGAAAGAAUUGGUUUUAAAUCCGACAGAUACCAACUGACCAGUUGCAGUAUGGGCAUCUUCUACUGGUACAGCUGUUUGUGAGAUUCUCCCUGGGAACUUGUGUUCUUAGUGCAAGUUUCGGAGGGAGUGAUCACAUGCGGUGGCUGAAGGUCAGAUGUACUGAACACAACGUUGUAGAUGUCAUGUACUGAUCUGCUUUCAAAUAUCAUCCAACCCCAGGCAUUAGCUCGUUAUCUUAAGUCGCUGAUGAGAGAAGUACCACUCACUUUUCACUUUUUUUCAUAAGUAUGAAUGUAAAAUUGAUUAUUUUUAUAUA